AUGAUGUCCAUUCAGGAGAAAUCAAAAGAAAAUUCCUCCAGUGUUAUUAAAAAGAAUGAAGAUAAGAAUUUAGAAACACAAGUUCAAGGUUCUCAAAAGAAUCUAGCCAAAAAAUCAGAUCCAAAGGAAGCUAUAAAAUCACUGGUUAAAUCUUCCAAUGAAAGUAAAGUAAAUCAGCCUGAAUUAGGAACAUGCAUGAGCACAAGGUCAGCAUCCACUGAUAAAAGAGCCAGUAAAUCUACUAAUAAAAAUAUGGUGACUGUAAAGGGACAUUCACAACAGGAAUCUACAAAACAGAAGAAAAUAUCUCAGAAAAAAUCAGUGCACGAAAUCCCUAAAUCAAAUGAACAGCUGAACCGGAGAUCACAAAGACUACAACAGCUAACAGAGGUUUCAACAAGGUCUCUGCGUAGUAGAGAAAUUCAGGGUCAGGCUCAAGCAGUUAAACAGAGUUUGCCACCCACAAAAAAAGAGCACUGUAGCAAUACUCAGAGUAAAUCUAAUAAAGCUAAAACAAAUCAGAAACAUGUGAAAAGAAAAGUAUUGGAAAUAAAGCCUGAUUCUAAAGAGGAAGAAAAUUCUGUAACUAAUGAAGCGAUCAAUUCCCCCAAAGGAAAAAAGCGCAAAAUGGAGCAUCAGACGGCUUAUACUUCUAGUUCUCAGUGUGUAAAAGGAUCUGAAAAGUGUCUGCAGAAUACCAGAAAAGAAGAAACAAAAUCUGCUUCUGAGAUAAAAAGAUCCAAAGUGGCUGCUUCAGUGGUCUCUAAAAAGAACGAGAUAAAGAAGUCAGUUCACGCACAAGUGAAUACUAGUGCAAAAUCCCAAAAAAGUCCACAGCCAUCAGUGCCUGAACAAACGGUAGACAAUGGGCUGGAGCAAGCAGGAAUAAGCAAACGCGGGAGCAUUCUCCAGCUCUGUGAAGAAAUUGCUGGUGAAAUUGAGUCAGAUACUGUAGAGGUAAAAAAGGAAUCUUCACAAAUGGAAAAUGUAAAGGAGGAGAAGCCUACAGAAAUAAAAUUGGAAGAGGCAGAGACUGAAAGACAGAUACUUCAUCAGAAGGAAACGAAUCAGGACGUUCAAUGUAAUCGUUUCUUCCCCAGUAGAAAAACAAAGCCUGUGAAAUGUAUACUAAAUGGAAUAAACAACUCAACUAAAAAGAACUCCAACUGGACUAAAAUUAAACUCUCAAAAUUUAACUCUGUGCAGCAAAAUAAAUUAGACUCUCAAUUUUCCCCUAAAUUGGGCUUAUUACGAACCAGUUUUUCACUACCUGCGUUAGAAACGCAUCAGCAAAUGACUCAAAGUACAUUUUUAGGGUCAAAACCAUAUGGUGAUAAAAAUAAAGCUUGCCAGCAGGAAGAAAUGAAAGAAGUUAAUUCUGAAGAUGUUAAACCUAAUGAUAUUGCAGUUGAAAUGAAUAAGAUCCCCCAAAAGGCUCCUGAAAAUUGUCAUUUGGGUAAUCAGAUAAAACCACCUCCUGACCAGCCAUUGGAUAAGCAGAAGAAAGAUGCUUUUGAAUCAACACUGGAUAAGAAUUGCAGCCUAUGUUUGGAAUCUAAGCUUGAAAACAAUCCAGUGGAAAAUGCCACUACUGUCUCAGCUCUGCUCAGUCAAGGAAAAAUUGAUACAGGAGAGAAUAAAUGUCCAGGUUCAAUUCCCAAACAGCACAGUAUAUUCUGUAAUCAGACAUCUAAGAUGAGUGAUAACAGGGAGAUACCACCAAAUCAUUCUUGGCCCAAGUGUAAUUCCCAUUUGGAGAUAACAAUUCCAAAAGACUUGAAACUAAAAGAAGCAGAGAAAGCUGAUGAAAAACAGUUGAUCAUAGAUGCAGGACAAAAAAGAUUUGGAGCAGUUUCCUGUAAUGUUUGUGGCAUGCUUUACACUGCUUCAAAUCCAGAGGAUGAAACACAGCAUCUGCUCUUCCACAAUCAAUUUAUAAGUGCUGUAAAAUACGUGGGUUGGAAAAAAGAAAGAAUUCUAGCUGAAUAUCCUGAUGGCAGGAUAAUAAUGGUUCUUCCUGAAGAUCCAAAGUAUGCCCUGAAAAAGGUUGACGAGAUUAGAGAGAUGGUUGAUAAUGAUUUAGGUUUCCAGCAGGCUCCACUCAUGUGCUAUUCCAGAACAAAAACACUUCUGUUUAUUUCUAAUGACAAAAAGGUAGUUGGUUGUCUAAUUGCAGAACAUAUCCAGUGGGGCUACAGAGUUAUAGAAGAAAAACUUCCAGUUAUCAGGUCAGAAGAAGAAAAGGUCAGAUUUGAAAGGCAAAAAGCCUGGUGCUGCUCAACAUUGCCAGAGCCUGCAAUCUGUGGGAUCAGCCGCAUAUGGGUGUUCAGCAUGAUGCGUCGGAAGAAAAUCGCUUCUCGCAUGAUUGAAUGCCUAAGGAGUAACUUUAUAUAUGGCUCAUACUUGAGUAAAGAGGAAAUUGCUUUCUCAGACCCUACUCCGGAUGGAAAACUGUUUGCAACACAGUACUGUGGCACUGGUCAGUUUCUGGUAUAUAAUUUUAUUAACGGACAAAAUAGUACCUAACAUAAACUCAUGCCUGCAGUAUCAGAAGACAUCUACUGAUGAGAAUGGAUUGGUUGUUGACUUAAACCAGGA